AUGCAUGUAGGCCUGGAGAAUUCGCCUCCAUACGACGCCAUCUCUUACCACUGGGGCACCUCUGAGGAGCGACGCCGGCUCACUGUGCUUGACGAAACAGACGCCUCCUCCACCCCCAAGUGGCUCGAGGUCUUCAAGCCAACCUACGACAUGCUGUAUAGCCUCUCCUCCCCUUGGAAGACCCGCAUCAUAUGGAUCGACGCCGUGUGUAUCGACCAGUCACAACAUACCAGCAACACGGAGAAGGGUCCGCAGGUAAUGCUCAUGAGAGAGAUAUAUGGGAAGGCCAGCCGCGUUAUUGUAUAUCUGGGCAACUCCAUACUGGCACCCGCAGCCCACAGCCUGAUACAUGACCUUUUACUCAUGCGUUCGGCUGGGUGUUCCGGCUCGGAGCUCUACCAGGUGGUGUCAAGGGGUGAAGGCAUGAGUGUCAGAUGGGUGGCCCUGAUACAGCUACUUUCACAGCCUUGGUUCAUGCGUGUCUGGGUGAUUCAGGAGGUAGCUGCAGCGUCCCUCAACUCCCCGAGAAUCUGGUACGGCGGAAGACUUUACGACUGGGUUUCUCUCCUGGACGCAUUUGGGCUCCUCGAAGACUUCGAGAUGACCGGCUUCCUACACACCAUACACCAAGGCCGCGUGGCAUUUAGCCAUCUCCUGAGCAUGCGAAGCAUGGAUGACGUGCGCAAGGGGACCUUCUUGGUUGACCUCAACAGGUGGUCAAAGGGCCUGAUGGAAAACCCAGCACCUCUGUUGUACCUUCUGGAAAGCUCCAUGGCCCACCAGGCUUCCGACGCCAGGGACAAGGUCUUUGCUCUGCUUGGUUUGAUGGGAGAGGAUCCGCCUCCCACGCUCACUCCCGACUACAGCAGCGAGACAACGGCCGAAUCUGUGUACAUCAAGACGGCAGAAUACCUCCUAACCGACGAGAGGCCACUCGCAUUUCUUCAGUUGGCUGGGGUGGGCGUCAGCAGACGCCAUCGGGCACUUCCCUCCUGGGUCCCGGACUGGGUGGACUCGCCCGACCGGGGCGCAUCCAUGUCAUCAACCCUCUGGCGCAAGUCGCACGUCCGCUACUACUACCAAGCAACUGGAAGUGCUGGGCCGGUAUUCAGCGUCAAACGCGUCGGCGAUCGUGAAGCAUUGGCGCUAUUGUGUACUCGCUUGGACACGUUGACGCGCCUCAGCGCUGUCCAUACGCCGGCAACCGAGGACGACAAGUUCAUUUUAAGUGCGCCGAACACAUACAUCGACCCCCGAGAUAUGCUGCAUGCUCAUCGAUGGCAUAAAGAAACGCUCGCCAUGGUGAUAGGGAGCCAUGCCCCGGACCCGUAUCCGGGUGGGCGACAGGCCCCCUGGCCAGCACCCUCCCCGUCAACUGCCCCCAAGGAAGCAGACAGCGACAAGCCGUCAGGUCUGGGGAGUGCGCCAUCCCAGCCGCUACGAGAAGUCUUCUGGCGCGUCUUGACGGGCGACCUCAACAUGCGCUGGAUGAUGCGCCCGGCCCCGAUGUCCCGCCAGGACGACUACGACAACUGGGUCUCCUUCAUGGCCGAGAUGGCCGGCUACCUGGCCGCCGACAGCAGAGACACGCACGUUCCCGUCCAUGACGCGGCCUUCUGGGGCAGACACGACGCCGGGCUGCCGUUUGCCAACGCCAUGGCGAGCUGCGCUGUCGGGCGCCGCGUUUGCGUCACGGCCGCGGGUCGCUUGGGCUGCGUCGCGCCGCUAUGCCAGGUCGGGGACGAGGUGGUGCUGAUCCACGGGGCGCCAACGCCGUUUGUUAUCAGGAAGGCCCCGGCAGAGACGGGAGCAGAUGGCAAUCUCUACGAGCUGGUUGGUCCCUGCUACAUGCACGGCGUUAUGGAUGGGGAGGCUAGCGGCGCCCGCGGCGCGGAGCAAAUUGUCUUUGUUUGA